AUGAAGAUUUUCGCACUUUUCGGUCUUGCUUUCGCUACCGACGAGGUUCCUCAUGAUCCCGAGGCGCUUGCAUUCUGCCACAAUGCUUGUCAAGGUCGGCCGGACGCAUUAGUCGACACCGGCUACUGUCCAGAUGGCUUCUACCCCUCUUUCAAGGACUGCGAUGCUUACUACCUGUGCUGGGAUGCUGGAAACUGGGGCGACAAGUUCUGGUGCGCUCCGGGAAAUGUCUUCAACCCAAUUACAGGCGAAUGCGACUGGCCAUUUAACCUUCCCGAAGAUAGCGAAUGCUACAUUCCUCUCUAA